CUUGAUCUUUGACCUCCAUCAUGUCGGUACAGUCGCGAGUGAAGGCGUUCGAGUCGCUCAGCAAUGGUCCUUCUACUUCUACGACUAUCGACCUCAAGGAUUGGAACGUUCUCGAUGACCCCCCUUUGAUUAAUUUUCAUUCAGAAUGCUCUCCACCACCGAGAAACACGUCCAGUUCUCCCACACGUUCGCCCAAACCAGGAUCACUCACCGUUCAAGAGCACACGUACCCACCGGCUCGUCGUGGCCAUGCUCCGGCCUCUUCAAUCUCUUCAUUUCACUCCGUGUCUCUUUCGGACGACGACAGAAGCACCACAGCGGGAACAGCAGAUUCCCAUUUUACAGGAUUUUCUGAGGAUACCAAUCAAAGUCAAACGAGUUUAGAUGAUUCGUCGUUUGAGAAUGUGUCUACAAUUGAGCCUCUUUCUACAGGACCCUCAACGAAACAGCUCGCAAUGGAUUGGGAGAAACACAUAGCGCCAAAUACAUCCUACAAGCCUCGGCCAUCCAAACUAUCGCAGCGUCCUAAGGUGAAACAACCUCCACCGGUAGCCACAGGAGGGCAACAUGGGCAGAGAUCUCCCUCCUCGUCAUCCAAUUCUUCUGAUUCCCUGAGAAACAAACCUACAACAUCUAUAUCAUCGUCAUCAUCGACUGUGAUUCUCUCACCAGUCAGCCCCACCAAACGAUUACCCCCUCCCAUCCAUUCAUCUGUGUCAGGAUCUUGGACACUCACACCAUCAAAUUCUACAUCUACACUUCCUUCACCCUCCUCUCCUCCACCUCAGUCGAAUCCUCCAUAUCAUCCUUACCUCAAACGCUCGACCUCCAAUUCGUCUUUUAACAGUAUCAACAAACACAAACCCCCACCCCCACCGCUACCUAAAUCCAAACCUCAAAAUCUCGUGGGUUACGCGAAUCUUAGACACACAUUAUCUCAGGCGUCCACUGCGUCCACUUCUCGACCCACACCCGUGCCAACCGCUGCUCGAAAGCGUUAUGAGGGCGUCUUUGAUGGGAAUAUAAAGCAAACGAGGAGAGCAAAACAAGAGAGGGCAAAAAUGCGUGCUUUAGAACGCAAUAAGGAGACACUCCUGUUUGGUGACGAUGGGAAACCUGCUUUAUUGUCACCUGAAGAAGCGAAGAAGACGCGACAGGCAGCUGGCUGGAGAGGGCUUUCAAUUGAUCUGAGUACCAACGAACAGAGUGGGAAAGACAAAGAGAAGGAAAAUGGAAGGCCUACACUAGAGGAGGAUAUCGAUGGAGACGACGAUCGGCUUGUGGACACCCUUGAGAGAUUAGAAGCAUGUGUGGUCAAGAUAAUAUGGAGUCAGUCCCGGCUAGGGAGGGAAAGGUUGAAGGAUAUAUGGACGGAAUGUGAUCCUACUCAAUCGGGAUCGUUAGACAAAGCUUCUUUUGUCACAGGAAUGUGGCGGAUUGACGAAGAGUUGAGGAGGGCCCAGAGAGACCCUGCCAAAUACAUGAAAAUGCCUCCUGUUGUACAACAGCCUUCCGGUCCGCCGUCUUUCACACUGAAACCGAAAGUAAAGCCCAAGCAGCAACAGCCGCCGAGCUCUAGCAACCCCCCAUCUCUUCCGAUUCGACCACCACCACCACUACCACCACCGAUUUCUCCUCAGUCUCAUUCUCCGACGUCGUCGACGUCUUCGUUUGUUUCACUUGGAGGAAGCUCCUCCCUGAGCUCGGGACCCGCUUCUUUAUCUGUUUCGCCGAGUCCCCCCAAUACAUUUGGGUCUUACGUUACUGUUGGUAGAGUCAAUGCGAAUGGUGGUGUCGGCACCGUAGGAGGCAGUGGGGGAAUAGGUACAGCAGGAGCGCGGAGGAAGCCGCCGGCCCCUCCUCCAAUGCCAGUUCCAGUUCCAAGUCCUACUACUCGGUGA